AUAAGAUUUUCCGUUAAAAUAGAGUUCAGAAACCGACUGCAGCCAGAGCAUAUUCAACUGCUGGCUUAAACAGAAGAUGGUCAGUGCAAUUCGUUCGAUAGCCAUAUUAUUGGUGAUUUUCACAGUCUGCGCACAUGGCAAACCUGGCUAUGGACCUGGUGAACAGGACUGGGGCUAUGUAGAUGUACGCCCAGGUGCUCAUAUGUUCUACUGGCUGUACUACACCACCGCCAAUGUAUCCACCUAUACACAACGUCCAUUGGUCAUUUGGUUACAGGGUGGACCAGGUGCCUCAUCCACAGGCUAUGGCAACUUUGAGGAGUUGGGACCAGUUGACUUGUAUGGGGAUCACCGCAACUGGACUUGGGUCAAGGACAUGAAUGUACUUUUUAUUGAUAAUCCCGUGGGAACUGGUUACAGCUAUGUGGAUAAUUCGGCAUAUUUGACGGCUACAAACAAGGAAAUCGCAAUGGAUCUUGUGGAGCUAAUGAAGGGUUUCUAUGCACGUCACCCGGAAUUUGAAACAGUUCCUUUGCACAUUUUCAGCGAAAGCUACGGUGGCAAAAUGGCUCCAGAAUUUGCUCUGGAAUUGCACUAUGCCAAGAAACGAGAUGAAAUUAAGAGCAAUCUGGUGUCGGUGGCUUUGGGAGAUCCCUGGACAUCGCCCAUUCACUCGGUUUUGUCUUGGGCGCCGUUCUUGCUGGAAUUGGGAAUCGUUGAUCAUGAUGGAUACGAUGCUAUUAUGAAGGCAGCCAACUUUACAGCCGAACUUGUGGAACAGGAACGUUGGAUACAGGCUACAGAACAGUGGGGCAACACCCAGAUGGAGGUGAUGAAGGCCUCCAAGGGAGUUGAUUUCUACAAUGUGCUGAAGCUGACGAAAGGUGAUCGAUUUAAAAAGCUGAUGAUCCAGACAUCCGAGGAACGCAUGUACCGCACCAUGGUGAAGCAUGAUUUCGACGAAGAUCAUGACCAGAUAGCUGAAGACCUGAUGCGUGGACCGGUCGCCGAAACAUUAGGUAUACCGUCCCAUGUAAAAUGGAAUUCACAGAGUGCCAAAGUCUUUAAUAUUCAUAAUACUGAUUUUAUGAAGCCCGUAAUACACAUUGUAAACGAGCUGCUGGACAAGACACCGCUUAAAGUGGGCGUUUUUUCGGGCGGUUUGGAUCUAAUCUGUGCCACACCUGGCACCGUCAACUGGAUAGACAAGCUCAACUGGACCAGGAGAAACGAGUACUUGGAUGCACCUCGCAAUGCCAUCAGCGUGAAUCGCGUACUGGAAGGCUACGAGAAGUCGGGCGGCAACUUGACCAUGUUCUGGAUCAACAGAUCCGGUCAUAUGGCUCCAGCUGACAAUCCGGCUGCCAUGAGCCAUGUCUUGCGAAAGCUGACAAACUACGGUUAGAGCUAAAACUCUGAAAGCGAAAAAGAAAAUCAAAUAAAAUGCAGCAUUGAAUUAUA